AUGGAAACUCCUGCUGGGGUAAAGGAAAGAGAGGCUGAGAAAGAAAGGAAACGGAUAGCAGCUCUACGCAAGAAAAAAAGAACGAAAACUCCUGCUGGGGUAAAGGAAAGAGAAGCUGAGAAAGAAAGGAAACGGAUAGCAUCUCUACGCAACAAAAUAAGAACGGAAAGUCCUGCUGGGAAAGAGAAGGUACCUCCACAGUGUGUGUCCAAUAAACUUGAAGUGGCUGAUGUACCAGAUGAACUAAAAGAUCUCACAGAGCUUGAGGCAAGACUCCUAGCUCAACGAUAUCCAUUCAUGAAGAUACUGGCACUUCCGAGAGGAAAACAAGCCGGAAUAAAGGGUGCUGUUGUAAAUGUCCCUGUGAUUGCAGAAAAGGUCUGUAAAAGUCUCCCUCGGACUCCUUCACAGGCUGGUAUCAUUCCACUCAAGUUGAAACGAAAAAUCCAGUACAAGAGUCAUGUGGCUUACCAGAACAUUCGUCCAGGAAUGGUUCAAGCUGCUCUUGGAAAAUUAAAAACAAUCAACAAAUUCUACUUAGCAACAGUGGAAAAUAGUGAAUGGGAGGAACAAUGUCUAAAUGAAGAUCCUGAGAUAUGGAAGGAACUUACAGAAGCAGUGACGGACAAGAACAUUGGUGAUACGGCAAUCAGAGAUCUUGACGAGGGAAGGUCAAGACCAGCAGGAGAAAAUGAUGACAAAAAUCAAAAUGAAGAAAUAGACAUGGACGAGGAGGAAACUGAUCCCAGAGAUCGUCUGCGAGGGAUCAAAUAUGACACCUGUGUGCAACCCACUGAUCCUACAAUGAGCUCAGACAGCAUCUACAGCAUCGCACCUGGAGAGGGGAGAAAACCAAUAUCUAUCAUGAUGGAUGAACACUGCGAGGAGCAAGCAUUUCCUACAUUAUUUCCAACUGGACAGUUUGGGUUUCAAGUCAACAGAUGCACUAAACUAUCUGCCAAAAAGUAUUUCAAUGCAAGACUUUUGAACAAGGAUUCAAGAUUCGCUAGAAAUGUAGAAUAUCUCUUCUUCGCACAGUUCAUCACAGAGUACAAACAAGUAAUGGACAACAUUUCUGUUGCUCUACGCAAGGCAAGAAUCAACACAGAUGAUGGAGAAAGGGUAACAGCUGGACUAAUUAAAGAUCCUCAAAGACUGAAUAGAAUCAUCUUCAAUGAUAAGGCCUACAACAUGCUGCAAACUGUCCGAGGCUCACCUCCAUACUGGCAAAGUGUCAUGUUCAAGAUACUGGCUGGAGUGAAACAGCUAGGACUUUUCACUUGGUUCCUUACCCUUUCUGCAGCAGACCUCAGAUGGACAGACACACUCCAAGCCAUUGCUCUUCAGCAGGGACAGCGAUUGUCAGAUGAUGAUAUCACCAACAUGUCAUGGGAAGACAAAUGCAAGCUUCUUGGAUCCAAUCCAGUAACAGCAGCAAGGCAUUUUGACCACAGACUACAAUGUUUGUUCAGAGAUGUUAUUCUGUCUGACGUGAAUCCACUUGGCAAGGUGAAAAACUACAUGUAUCGCAUUGAAUUCCAACAGAGAGGUUCCCCUCAUGCUCACUGUGUGCUGUGGAUAGAUCAAGCACCACGACAUGAUGACACCGAGGAGAAUGUGACAGAGUUCAUUGAUCAGUAUGUCACCUGUGAACUUCCUUCUGAUGAUGAUGAUGAGCUGAUGCAUACUCUAGUUUCUACUCUGCAAAGGCACUCACACUCUGCAUCAUGCCGCAAAACUGGGAAGAGCUGUAGAUUUCAUUACCCAAGGCCCAUGGCUUCUAAGACAGUGGUGGCAGACACACCUUCUGAUGAGGAUCCAAAAGAGAAACAAAGAAUUGUCAAAUCUUCAACAGAGAUACUGAACAAAGUAAAAGAUGCGUUAGAAGGAGAAUGCAGUGACAAAAGCACAGUGCAAGAAUUACUUCAUCAGGUGAACAUUUCCGAAAUUGACUACAACAAAGCUCUUGGUGUCAACUUGAAAGGAAAAUCCAUCGUAUACAGAAGACAACCUCAUGAAGUCAAUAUCAAUUCAUACAACCCAGUCGUCUUGAAAGCAUGGCAGGCCAAUAUGGAUCUUCAAUUUGUCUGCAAUCCAUAUGCCUGCAUUCACUACAUCAUUUCCUAUGUGACAAAGGAUGAACGAGAAAUGGGACAGGCGCUGAAAGAAGUAAGCAAAUCCUAUAAGGACUCAGACAUCAAGCACAGAAUGAAGGAAGUAGCAUCCUGUUUUCUUAAUGCCAGAGAAGUCAGUGCACAAGAAGCUGUUUACAGAGUGCUUGGUCUGCCACUUCAUCGUUCCACUUUCCAGACAGUUUUCAUCCAAACAGAUCUUCCAGAAAACAGAGUUGUCUUCUUGAAACCCAAAAGUAUUUUAGAGAAUCUCGAUGAAGAAAGUGAGGAUGUGUAUGCCCAAACCAUGCCUCAAAAAUAUGCACAUCGGCCAUUGAUUCUGGAGCAGAUGACUCUUGCAGAAUUUGUCAGUUGGUAUGUUUCUUCGUACAAUACGGUACAGGAAGAACCACAAGAAUCAGCAGAAUUUCACCCUGAUCUUCUUGAAUCGAGUGCAGCAAAGGCAACACCUAUCAAGUUAAUGGAUGGCAAGGGCUACAUGAUAAAACGCAAGAAGCCACGCAUUAUCAGAUACCACAAGUUCAAUGAAACACAAGAGGAAGAAAAAUACUGUCACCACAUGCUAAUGCUCUACCAUCCAUGGAGAAGAGAAGAAUUUGAUCUAAAGAAUGGCCAUGGGACGUAUGCUGAGCAUUAUCACUCCAUCUCCCAAGACAUCUUGUCAAAGCGAUCCAGUCUGGAGUCGUUCACUGAAAUAAUCGAGCAUGCUAUUGAAGAGCAUGAACAAUUAGGACCACCAGAACAUGCCUGGGAUACUCUCGAUACAGCAGCCCAGCAGGAAAAUGCAGAAUCCCAGACAGAUCCUCCUCAAGACCACCCCGAUCAUAGUUUUCUCCAACCAAGUUCCGAUCAGACAGUUACUGACGUUCAGGAGUCAUGUAUUGGUACUACCAUUCCACUAGCCAUUGAACACAGGCCGAACUACCUUUCUGAUGAACAAUACAGGAACAGUGUACUAACUCUAAACACUGGGCAGUACAAAGUGUUUUCAUACAUCAAUAACUGGUGUGUGGAUUUGGUGAAAAGCCGCAAGACACACGUUGAUCUACAGCCAGUGCAGCUUUGUGUAACAGGAGGUGCAGGAACAGGCAAAUCACAUCUCAUAUCUACCAUUUACCAGAUGGCUAUUCGUACGUUGAAACAUGAAGGAAGUAAUCCAGAAGCAGUGAGAGUGCUACUGACUGCACCAACUGGUACUGCAGCAUUCAACAUCCAAGCAAGCACCCUGCACUCAACAUUUCUCCUACCACUGGGUCAGACCAAAGUCUACAAAAAACUGAGUGAUCAAAAGAGGAAUACCCUACGCUGCAAACUUGCUGAUUUGGAUAUCUUAAUCAUAGAUGAGGUAUCCAUGGUAGGUUGCGAUCUUCUUAUGACUGUGGACCAGCGCCUUCGAGAAAUUAAAGGCGUCAACAAAAUCUUUGGUGGCAUAUCCAUUCUGGCAUUUGGAGAUCUAUACCAGCUUGCACCAGUUUGUCAGAAAUUUGUGUUUGAAGAUGCUGCAGAUUUAUUUGCAAGAUUGGCUGGCUCCCUUUGGCAAGACAACUUCCAGUUUGCUGAGCUGGAUGAAAUCAUGAGGCAAAAAGAUGACAGAGCCUUUGCAGAACUUCUGAACAGAAUCAGAGUAGGAGAGCAAACACAGGAAGACAUGACUACCCUAGAACAAUGCAUCAUAUCACCGAGCGAUGACAACUAUCCUUCAGAUGCACUGCAUGUAUUUUGCUACAAAUGCAAGAGUCAAUGA